CAAAAUCAAUAUUUCUUCCUAUUAAACCCUCAAAUUCACUAAAACCCCUAUGAAUUAACAUAAAAAUUAUAAGAGAACACACGACUGUUAAUUUGUGAUUAAAAAAAAACGCAUUAAAUACACAUCAUUUUCGUGAAAUUAAAGACAAACGUUUUAUUUUUUUGAACGCAAAUUUGAAUUGGCGCCGCAGGGGUGUAACAACAGCCACACAGAAUCUGUGACACAGAAUGAGAGAAUCCCCGAAAAGUGAGGUUAUAGCUGCUAUGGAAUUGCCCGAUGAAACAACAAAUAUCUUAUAUAAAAACACUAUUAAAUACUUGCACGACGUCGCAGACAAAGUCCCAAAUGGUCUAAAUGUGUUAAAAUCAUAUUACGCGUCAAAGUUUCGAAUAUCGGAGCUCCAGACAAAAAUUUGUUUGGAGAAAAGUAAAAAUAAAUUAGACGCGAGGUGUCCAAAAUGCUGCCUCAAAUUACGUGAGACAGGGGCGUCGUACCUUGUCAAACCUGAGAUCAUCAAGUCAAAGUUCGCAAAAAAAUUACUUAAGAAGGUCAAGGCGCGGAAAAGAUUAUCACGUUUUCAGGCCAAAUAUCUAAAAAGCAAUAACAUUCACGCGGGGAAUAAACUUGUAAUUAUUUGUAAUUUUUGUAAAAAAGAAGUUAGCCACAAGUGUGAAAAACCUAUCAAGAGACGUAAAUACAGGGAAAAAGCUCAGAAACGAAAUAAGAAAAAACUCAAAAAGAAAGACAAAUUUUGUGGACUUAAGGAAGAAGCGGUUGUAUCAGUUCAGUCUAAUGAGAAACAUAAAAUUUUAAAUAAUGAAUUUACUAAAAGGAAAGAAAUGUUACAAGAAAAGAGAAAAUUAAGUAAGUUGACAAAAAUGCUUAAACAAAAAUCUAACAAAAAAAGUGGGUCUGCACUGACGCAGUUUUUACAGUCAUUGAAUAAAUAAAAAUUCAUAGAAAUCUACUUAGUUUAUUUAUAAAAUAACAUUGAAAACAAUCACACUGUAUAUUAUGUCAUUGGAAAUUUUUUGGGGUUAAUUUCGGUCAAUCCAAUGGAAUCUGCUCCUUCACAAUCUGAAAAUAAGUGAAUUUAAUAAGAAAUCAGUUUUUUAUAUAUCAUCAAUCAGAUAUCACAAAUACCGUCAGUUGGAAAUAAUUGAAAAUUCCCACUAAUACAAGUUGUGCUCUUUUUAUAAAAAUUUAAUAACUUAUUGGAUCCUAAAUUUUCAAGGUUUUAUAAAGCAAAAUUUUUGAAUCAGGAUAAAUAAAAUAAAAAGUUUCACCAUCAAAUCGACAUGUGAAA